AUGAGCUCGAAGGAGAAGCCCACUCUCGGAGGCACGCGGAUUAAGACCCGCAAACGGAACAUUGCUGCGCCUCUGGACCCUGCAGCAUUUUCGGAUGCAGUGGUCCAGAUUUAUUUGGAUAAUGCUGGUGAUCUGGAACUUGUAGCAAAGAGUCUUGAGUCUUCGGACCUUAAUUUCUCAAGAUAUGGGGAUACCUUCUUCGAGGUUGUCUUCAGAGGGGCUCGUACACAACCUGGUACAAUCAAACUUGAUGAGGGGGAGUGCCAUCCAUACUCCAUACUUGCUGGUGAGCCUAGCCGUGAAGUCAUUCUGCCGUCCGUGAUCUAUGUGCAGAAAAUCUUGAGGAGAAGGCCUUUUCUCAUCAAGAAUCUUGAAAAUGUCAUGCAAAAAUACUUGCAAUCUUUGGAACUUUUCGAAGAGGAUGAGAGGAAGAAACUUGCAAUUUUCACCGCGCUUGCCUUUUCACAGAAGUUGUCCGGUCUCCCGCCGGAGACUGUUCUCCAGCCACUGCUCAAAGAUAACCUUGUAGCCAAAGGGCUGGUUCUCUCGUUUGUCACUGAUUUUUUCAGGGAGUAUCUGGUCGAUAAUAGCAUUGAUGACCUCAUCUCUAUUCUGAAGAGGGGCAAAAUGGAGGACAAUCUUCUUGACUUUUUCCCUUCUGCAAAGAGGACACCUGAAGCUGUAUCUGAACAUUUCACUAAGGAAGGGCUUCUACCAUUGGUUGAGUACAAUGAAAAGAAGAUAUUUGAUGUGAAGUUGAAGGAAAUGAAAUCUGCAAUCACAAGUCAGAUAGCAGAAGAAGCUGAUGUGGCUGAAGUAAUCGAAACUGUGAAACAGCAUGUUAAAGAUUCUAAAUUCCCAGAUAUUGAGGUUGUGAGAAUUCUUUGGGAUGUCCUGAUGGAUGCUGUGCAGUGGUCUGGAAAAAAUCAGCAGCAGAAUGCCAACUCUGCCCUGCGUCAGGUAAGAAUGUGGGCCAAGUUGCUAAAUGCCUUCUGCACCACUGGGAAGCUGGAGCUUGAGCUUAUAUACAAAGUUCAGGUCCAGUGCUAUGAAGAUGCUAAACUCAUGAAACUGUUUCCUGACAUAAUAAGGUCCCUUUAUGAUCAGGAUGUUCUUGCAGAAGAUACCAUUCUUCACUGGUUCCGCAAAGGAACAAACCUCAAGGGCAGACAAUCAUUUGUGAAGGCGUUGGAGCCGUUCGUGAAAUGGCUAGAAGAGGCUGAGGAAGAAGAAUAA